AUGGGCGUUUUUUCGAAGAAUUCCGAAGAAGUAACCAACAUUCAGUCACCUUCCAGAAAUAAAGAAACUCAUAACAUUAUGAAGGAACCUGACGUGGAUCCAAAAAAUAUAAUAAAAAGUAGAGAAUUACUAUACAGACUUAUGAUCAGUCAAUUAUUCUAUGAUGGUCAUCAAACACUUGCUGUACAGUUAUCUAACAUGAUUCAAGCAGAACCUCCAUGUCCACCAUCUGAUCGUUUACUUCAUCUUAUGUUAAUUGGUGCUGCUCAUGAACCAGAUCGUACUAAAAAGGACACAAAUAACUUACCUACAUUUACUGCAAGUUUUGAUAAUACAUUGGGCCCUGGUUUAGAUCUAGAAUUUGAAACAGAAGCUCAAACACAAGCUCCAGAACCAGCACAAUACGAAACAGCUUAUGUUACUUCCCAUAAAGGAAAUUGUAGGGCAGGAGCUUUCUCUACAGAUGGACAAUUAAUAGCUACUGGAUCAGUGGAUGCAUCUAUUAAAAUUUUAGAUGUGGAUAGAAUGUUAGCAAAAUCUGCACCAGAUGAAAUGGCACCUGGUGAUCAAACUGGAGGUCAUCCAGUAAUACGAACAUUAUAUGAUCAUUUGGAAGAAGUAACAUGUUUAGAAUUUCAUCCACGUGAACCAAUACUUGUAUCUGGCAGUCGUGAUUUUUCUGUGAAACUAUUUGACUUUAGUAAAGCAAGUGUCAAGAAGGCAUUUAGAACAAUUACAGAUGCUGAUCAAAUACGGUGUUUAUCAUUUCAUCCAACUGGUGAUUUUUUGGUAGUAGGAACUAAUCAUCCAGUUGUAAGGUUAUAUGACGUGAACACAGCUCAAUGUUUUGUAUGCAGUAUUCCUAGUCAUCAACAUACAGCUGGAAUAACUAGUAUAAAGUAUUCUCCAGAUGCAAAAACAUAUGCAUCAGCUGGUAAAGAUGGAAGUAUUAAAUUGUGGGAUGGUGUUUCAAAUCGUUGCAUAAAUACUUUUGUUAAAGCACAUGAUGGUUAUGAAGUAUGUUCAGUGACAUUUACAAGAAAUGGAAAGUAUUUAUUGUCUUCUGGAAAAGAUUCCUUGAUAAAAUUAUGGGAAUUAUCAACAAGUAGAUGCUUAAUAGCAUAUACUGGAGCUGGUACAACAGGUAAACAAGAACAUAAAGCACAAGCCAUUUUUAAUCACACAGAAGAUUAUGUAAUGUUUCCUGAUGAAGCUACUACGUCCUUGUGUGCCUGGAAUUCUCGAAAUGCAUCAAGAAAACAGUUAUUAUCUUUAGGUCAUAAUGGGCCUGUAAGGUUAAUUGUCCAUUCACCAACUGCGCCCGCGUUUUUGACAUGUAGUGAUGAUUUUAGAGCAAGAUUCUGGUUCAGAAGAAUGCCAACUCAUUAAAUGCCCUACAAGUAUUUAUAGUAGAUCUUCGUUUAAUAUGGCAGAUACAUUCCGUAUUAUAUAAGAUUUAUUAUUCACACAAGAUGUGCAAGUACGUUGUUAAUUAUAAAAAAAGACUAUACGGAAGUUGCCGUAAUGUAUUUAUUACAUCACAUGAAUGUCAUGUUAUACAAAGUUCUACUAUAUAUUAGAAAAUUUUUAUGAACACGUACAUAUUGUUUAUAAUUUUCUAGUUUUCUAAGAAGAGGCAAAGUGAAGCAAUCAAAUUUGAAGACUUUGAACUGUGCUUUUAGCUUUCUAAUGGUUGUAUAUGUUUAUUUAGUAUUAUGUCGAAACGAAAAUGGUCGCGUUCCGUUCUACUAUUGUUUAGUGUGUAUAUUUGGAAACUAUGAUGAAAAUUUGAAAAUAUUUAUUUAAGUAAAUAAUAUGAAUAUAA